AUGCUUCCGAUUUUGGAAUUCAUCGAGGAAAAUGUCGUUGGAGGGGAUACAAGAAUUAUAGGCCCAUAUGGAGAAAAGAAAGGUAGGUGAGACAGUAUUAUUUUUCCAGUUUUAUUUGAUAUUGCGUGAUGAAAAUAUCGAAAUCGUUCGAUGUCAUCAUUCUUGAGUCAGUUCAUCAUUCAUUGAGUUCAAAUGUUUUCCACUUUGUUUGUUAUGAAUGUUCCAACCUCGUUUUAAGAAGUUUAUAUCACACAAUAAAUAGGACUUUUUCUUCUUUCGCAUAAAAACUGAAGCGCCUUAUCGUAUUUAAAUUCUUAUAAAUUAAUGUUAGGAUUCUGUCUACAAUUAUGGCGCGUGGCUAUACAGUCACUGUCAUUUCGAAGUAAAUGAGAUGUGUGUUAAAAAGUUAGAAAGUAAUAGUUAUUCAUUUUAUGGUCAGCAAUUGUAAGGAUUUACAGGAUUUAGUUUCUACAAGCUUUUCAGUAAACCUGAACUACAUCACGAUAAAGCCAUUUUGGUCGUGAUUGAAUCCAUGUUGUGACACGCACGCUAAAAAUAAAUUUCAGGCAAUAAUCGUGCAUUUGACAGUAGCUUGCCAACAGACUUUCAUCGAUGUGCACUUCUCGUACAAGAAAGACGGAUUGUGGAAAACUGCUUGAACCAAAACAUGAAUUAACUGCUAUGGUGCAAUGGAAUGAAACCUGCUUGAAUGGAUCAAGUACCCAUCGCCAGAGUCUUUGAAACUUUAUGACAGUAAAGCCUAUGAACUCUUUGAUUAAACAUUCGAUUGAAAGAAUUUUUAUCAAACACAAUCAAAUCUCCUCGCAAAUCUCCAGGCUAAGAAGGUUUGUAUCUACAAGUGCGAAUUCUGUCCCAGAUAUAACAUGACAUGCAUGAAUUCCGAAAGACCGGCAUCAACACAAAUUUCACAUGAUCAUCAGCGAAAGAAAAAAAAAACGUAAGCAUCACAUUCUUAAAAUAAGGGAAUCAUUUGUAUCUUUUGUAAUAAAAAAAAUUGUAUUAAUGUAGCGACCUAAAUACUUUUUUUUCUGGAGAAUAAAAACGACAACACUGAGACAAAAAAAAACUGAAUUAGUUUCCUGUUGCCCCACCUCUCAGUGCUGACCUCUUUGGUUCAGCGUCAGUUCCGUUGCCCAUUGUCGCUUUCGCCAAAAGGAUUUGACACCCGACAAACUGCAGCUGCAUGAAGGUCACUUUCCUUCGGAAAAAUUUUUUCACAAUUUCACGACUUAUGAAAUUUGGUUACAUUAAAAUCAGUUUCCGCGUUCGAAAAAGAUCUAAAACUACUGUAUCCUCCCAUGCACGUGUUUUCCGUUCAGCGUAGGCGGAUUGCAUUCUUCAUCGGUUUAAAUUUUAGGUGGUUCAUUUGAUCACAGUUUAUUAGGAUUUCAGUUUUUACAAUACUUGAUAGAAAGCAACACUUACUGACUGACUAGUGGUAAACUCGGCAUCAACCUCACCAAAUUAAAGCAAGCUACGUCAGUAUAUGGAUCUAAACUUGAAUGCAAAAAACGCGUCAUCUUUUACAUAUUAGACCGCAACUGUAACUUCAGCACGUUUAAGCAUUUCAAAAAUUUCAACAAGGAAGUUUAUAUAUUAACUACUAACUUUUCCUUAUAAAGGCAAACUAAGUUGUGAUCGUAUGUAGUGCUCUAGUGCUUGUUUUAUUCUUCAAAUAUUCAGACCUAUAUAUUCAGUAAUGUUUCACAAAGACGAGUUUCAGAAACUGACAAUUUAUGUUAAUAUUGUGACAGCUUUUGGUUCUGUGUAAAUUUAGAAAUAAAAACUAAUUAUAAAACCUUUUUCAUUUUCCAGUUAUUUAUUGUGACUACACAGCAUCUGGCAAGUAAGUAACAAAUAAUUACUCAAAAAAUCAAUAUCGCUAAUUUAGUCAGGAGCCACUAUCAGAAGUGACGUGCAAUUUCCAUAUAGAUUAAAAAUGUGUUAUUUACUAGGGAGUUAACUACGCCAGUAUUUGAACUAUUUUAGAUUAUCAGAAGACUUAUAUCCGGAAUUCUUACAGCGGCUCUGGCCAGGGCUGUUAUCAUUUAGUCAAAACAUUUCUUUGUUUCUUGUUGGUUUAAAAAAAAAAAACCCUGCUAAUGGUGACAAAAAUUGAAAAAAUUGUUCGUAUGAUUCGAGAAUUGUCAAUCAUAGCUAGAAAUUAUUGGACGAUUGACGUCACACAAAGACAGUGGCGCAUCGGCUCAGCUGUCUUGGCAGUGCAGAGCUCGAAAAAAUGACGGAAGGUUUUAGCUGGGGAUUGGAAGAAAAAAAUCUAAAAAUAAUGCACAUAUGUAAAUAUAAUCUGAAGGAUGACAAAUGCUAUUUGAAAAACAUCUGCAAGGUAAAGCAUCCUAAACUACAGAGGUACUAUCAAAGAAUUUCUAUGCAGAAAUUAUUCUGUGAUCAGCUUAGAAAAACUUUUUUGAAUGAUUAUGGAUGAAUAAUUUGGCUUUCACAUGAUAUGACAAAUUCUGUUGAUCUUAAUGGGCAUCAUAUCACCUCCCCAGCUUUGGGCAUCUGCUUGUACCACUCACCCUCUUCACUUGGGCGUGGGCGUCCGAGGACCUACUUGUUGUCUAAUAAUUAUAAAAAUGAUUGUCUGUUUGUCUCUACAGGCCCCUCCGGUUUAUUGAAAACUACAUCCGGGACUAUGUGCUCCCGUUUUACUCCAACACACACACUACAACAAGUGCAACAUCGCGACAGACUACAAGGUUCAGAAACGAGGCUCGGUAAGUCAAGCCAACUUUCGGCUUAAGUUUGGAAUUUUUUUAUAAGUUCGGGAAGUUCUCAGUUGCAGGCACAAUUCUCUUUGAGCGCUUAUCAUUUAAAUGGACUUUUUGGACAAAUGGAAUUGCACUUUUUCAUUGAGCCGUAUCAUUUGACUGAUUUGAUCCGUUUUGUUGAUUUGCUAACAGAGGGCAAUGAGAAUUAAACACAACUGUCACAUCCGAUAGUUACGAUUCAUUGACUCUAAUCCUCCAUGAUAUGCUUUCCUCUCGGAAAUUGGCACUGGUUUUUAAUUUUGUGGAAAAAUGGUACUGUAGAAAAUUCCGGGAACUGGUCGAGGCGAGAAAAAGGUAGUUACCUCGGAACGUAUUGCCUUUUUUUUUCCGAAAACAUUUUACCGAAUGAACCGUUUCAUUUGAAUUCUCCCCUGGCCCGAAAUUACUGGGUUUUCCAUGUAAAUGGUUCAGAGCGCUUCUUUGUGUUCGCGUUUUCUUUUCAAUGCGUUGUGCACAAAUUUUAAAGCAAAAUUGUUCUCAUGACAUGUUACAGGGAUUGCUACGUAAUUUUAUCACUGGGCAUUGCUGCAGCAUGUUCCAACCAAGGCUGUUUGAUCAUGAAGCAGGUAGAGCCUGCAUGGUCAUGGUCGUACAGCAAAUCUCUUGAGAAAGAAUUUGCCAUAGUGUUGAGUAUUCUUAUGGCUGGCCUGUUCCAUCACAGGUAGCUCAAGUUCGAAAUAUGGGCAUCGGCGAGCAUCUGCAUUGUUGCAUAACAUUCGAAAUAUAAGGAUUUGUGUGGGAAAAAAAACAAUCGUUUCUGUAACUUACGAAUGUGAAAGAAUUUCAAUAAAAAACAGCAUACCUUACUUAAAAUGUGGGUUACGUCUCUCCUGUGUCGUCCACGGGCCGAUUUAUGACCGUUUUAUGGGUUUUUAUGUAAACGGUUUUCUCUCUCUACCUCCGGUUAUAUCAGAGAGAAAACCGUUUACAUAAAAACCCAUAAAACGGCCAUAAAUCGGCCCGUGGACUACACAGGAGAGACGUAACACACAUUUUAAGUAAGGUAUGCUGUUUUUUUUUUCUCAUACAAAAUCCUUAUAUUUCGAAUGUUACGCAACAAUGCCGAUGCUCGCCGAUGCUCGCCGAUGCUCAUACUUCAAUCUUGGGGCGCCUGUGGUUCCAUUGACCGUACCCCGAAAUAAGAAAAAAUGUAAUGAUGUCUUGAAAUCAGUUGAAAUCACUCAUUUUGGCGUUCAUUCCUUUGUAAUAACUAGAAAAUCUGCUUGACACAAGAUAUGCCGCUUAUUGUAGCAUGGCCCAAAAAGCAGAGCCGCACAGAGAUUUGAAACAAAACUUUGGUGUAUUCUUAUUCCGGAAUACGAUCAAUCGAUUCAAAGUACCCUAAGAAUCUACUAAAAAUGCAGAGAAGAUCAUUACAGUUAGAAAAUGUUUAUUUGUAAUGACGUGGAAGCCCAAUGAUUACCUAGAGUAGGUCGAUUGUCCGGGAUGGACUUGUCUACAAUUACCAUGCAGUGACUCGAAUAAGCUCCUUUAUCCUCUUGGAUUGUCUGGUCAUGAGAACGCACUUCAGCCAAAACGCUGUAAGCAACUUGAUCCAUCGAAAGAUUACCGUCCGGCUCCAAGCGAUCUAUAGAAAUUAGGAAAAAGACCCUCUGGUACUCGGGGUAUCGGGAGAUUUAUUUUGUGUUGCAAUCAAGGCAAAAAAAUCUUAGUUACUGAAAUCGUCAAAUUUGAUAUUUUGAAAGCUAUUUAAAUUAUGUAUUAAAUUUUUUUAUUUUUGUUUUUCUUUAUAGCAACAUAAUAAAAAGCUGUGUCAAUGCCACGGGUGAGGACUGCGUUGUUUUCACAGGAAGUGGCACAACAAGUGCUAUUCAUAAGUUAAUUCACGCUCUUGAGCUGGAGCAAAGAAGGGACGAGAAAAAUGUGAGGACAAAGCAUAUUAAUUAUUUUUAAGUACUUCUUUAUGAGUUAGCGUAUGGAAAUCAUAUGAUUAUGUGCCAAUUUUUUUUCAGGUUGUUUUUAUCGGGCCAUUUGAGCAUCAUUCAAAUAUUUUACCAUGGAGGGAAACGGGAAUCAAGGUAAGAUCAGUAAAUGUUUCCGCAUGCCGCGCGCGCGGCAGUUUUCAAAAAAGCAAACUCUUUUUUUAAACUGUUUUGGGGUGGAGGGAAUUGUAAGAACCCCCCGGCAAAGGUUUGCAUCCUUAAAAACUAACCCUUCUAAAUUCCA